UUCGUUUCAGUGCUCAUUCACUGCUCAAAGAUCCACCGCUUAAAGAUCAGUCAUAACAUAAGUUUCAUUCACAUAUCAAUAUGUUAUGUUUGCUUAAGUCGAAAUUUUUGCCAUUUGGUUUCAUAUCUCAUCUCCAGCCGCAUCACAAAUCCGAGGCCAUAUCCACCAGCCAAACAGGCUGUUCCUCCCUUCCGUCGACGCUAGUGAGUUCCUCUCGACUGCUGGCAGAUCAGCAGAAAAAAACCCUAGGCGACGGCUCUCAGUACUCACGAUUCCCCAAAUUUCAAAUAUAGCUUACGUCAGAAAUGGAGGAGAAAACCCUAGUCGAUAAGAGUUUUCGUUUAUUUUCCUGUAAAAAAAUCACCCCCAAACAUCCCCCUAAAACCCUCACCACCACCACCGCUCAAAACCCUAACCCUAACCCUAACCCUAACCCACCGUCCCCUUCUGAGCCGUCCAUCGUGAGGGAGACAAAUGCAACCCCCAACCCUAACCUCACCUCUUUCUCAGACCUGGGCCUGGCAGAAUGGGCUGCUCAAACCUGCAAGGAACUGGGCAUGAAGAAACCCACCCCAGUCCAAUGCCGCUGCAUUCCUCGUAUCCUCGCCGGCCACAAUGUUUUGGGCGUGGCCCAGACCGGCAGCGGCAAAACGGCGGCGUUUGCACUUCCGAUACUCCACCGCCUCACUGUGGACCCGUACGGGGUUUUUGCGCUGGUUGUUACACCGACGCGUGAGCUGGCGUACCAGUUGGCUGAGCAAUUUAGGGCUCUGGGCUCGUGCUUGAACCUGCGGUGUGCCGUGGUGGUUGGUGGGAUGGAUAUAAUUAACCAGGCUCAGACACUUAUGGGGCGCCCCCAUGUUGUUAUUGCCACUCCUGGGAGGAUUAAGGUUCUUAUUGAGCAGAGUCCUGAUAUUGCUGCCGUAUUCUCUAAAACUAAGUUUCUAGUCUUGGAUGAAGCAGAUAGAGUUCUGGAUGUUGGGUUUGAAGAGGAACUGAGAGUGGUCUUCCAAUGCUUGCCGAAAAACCGACAAACGUUAUUAUUUUCUGCAACAAUGACAAGUGACCUACAAACGCUGCUUGAGCUUCCUGCACACAAGGCCUACAUCUAUGAGGCAUAUGGAGGCUUCAAGACAGUUGAAUCUCUUAAGCAGCAGUAUGUUCUUACCCCCAAAAAAGUGAAGGAUGUGUAUCUACUACACAUUUUGUCCAAAAUGGAAGACAUGGGUAUUCGAUCUGCCAUAAUUUUUGUUCAAACCACCAGGUGUUGUCACCAUAUAAGUUUGAUGCUUGAAGAGCUUGAAUUGGAAGCUGCUGCAUUGCAUUCAUUAAAACCCCAGUUUCUACGGCUUGCUGCACUGAGUCGAUUCAAAUCUGGACAAAUUCCUUUGCUAGUUGCAACAGAUGUUGCCAGUCGUGGUUUGGAUAUUCCAACGGUUGAUCUCGUUAUCAAUUAUGAUAUCCCAAGAUGCCCAAAGGACUAUGUUCAUCGUGUUGGGCGUACGGCAAGAGCAGGCAGAGGAGGGCUGGCUGUAAGCAUUGUCACCCCGGAAGAUAGGCUUCUUCUUCAUGAAAUAGAAGCUAUUGUUGGGAAAAAAAUGGAUGAAUUGGAAUGCAAAGAGAAUGAGGUGCUUGAGGGUAUCACAAAGGUUUUCAAGGCCAGACGAGUGGCGAAUAUGAAGAUGCUGGAUGAUGGCUUUGAGGAGAGUGCCAAAGUACGACGAGAGCAGAAACUGAAGAAAAGGAGUAAAAAGAGAAAAAGGAAGAGCUCAUGAAUUAUUGGGAGAUUGAAAUUUCCUUCUCCCUCUCGCGUCCUACAUUUUCUGGUGCAGCUGCCAGGAAUGACUGUGGUGACGAGGUCAUAAUUUAUAGCCUGUUUUCUUAGGAAAUGUUGGUAUUGGUUAUCGUAACUAUUCUAGGGAAAAUAAUUACAAGGAAUUUUGUACUGGUUUUGUAGAUUAAGAACUCUGUUUGCAUCUCUAUUUAUACCUGUUGGCUUCAUGGGUCGGGGGUACCCAAUGAAAGGGGAAAUCUCUAUUUAUACCUGUUGUUUUCUCAGCAGCUGAAAACUUGUUCCCUGGAAAAUGCUGUUAUUUUAAACAUUUAAUUUUGUUGUGAAAA